CUCCCGAGUCACAGUUUACGACUUUCGAAGUCCGCAGUCCAGGCUCCUCGCCGCAGACGAUAGCGCCUGCCUUUACAUUCCUCGAGCAGACGCACGCACAUAGAUAUAGAUGGGCGCGUCUCAAUCACGAGGCGGGGCAUCCGCCUCCGCAACCGACGUCCGGACAAGUUACUACGAGCUCCUCGGCGUCGAAAGGAGCGCGACCGACGAAGAAAUCAAAAAAGCCUACCGCAAGAAAGCCCUCGAGCUCCACCCGGACCGCAACUACAACGACGUCGAGCGCGCGACGGCCCUCUUCGCCGAAAUCCAAUCCGCCUACGAGGUCCUCUCCGACCCCCAUGAACGCGCCUGGUACGAUGCGCACGAGGCCGAGAUCCUGCGCGGCGGCGCCAACGGAGAAGAUGACACUGGGUCAGCGCAGCACCACUACGAGCACAACAUGCGCGUCACGACGGCCGAGGACAUAGCGCUCAUGCUGGGCAAAUUCAGGGGGAACGUGGAAUUCUCCGACCGCCCGACGGGUUUCUUCGGCUUCGUGCGCGAGGCCUUCGAGCAGCUGGCCAGGGAGGAGGAACACGCGGCGGAAUGGCAGGGCGUCGACGUACCUUUCUACCCGUCGUUCGGGCACAAGGACGACACGUACGAGGAUGUGGUGCGCGAGUUUUACGCCGUGUGGGCGGGGUUCGCGACGCGCAAGUCGUUUGCGUGGAAGGACAAGUAUCGGCUCUCCGAGGCCCCCGAUCGGCGCGUGCGGCGGUUGAUGGAGAAGGAGAAUCUGAAACUGAGGGAGGCUGGGGUGCGCGAGUUCAACGACGCGGUGCGCACGCUAGUCGCGUUCGUAAGGAAGCGCGAUCCGAGGUACACGCCCAACCGGCAGGAUGCGGAUGAGCGGGCGAGGGCGCAGCGGGCGUCGGCCAAGGAGCAGGCGGCGAGGGCGAGGGCGGCGCGAGAGGCGGAGAUGCAAGGGGCGGCGGUUCCGGAGUGGGCGACGAAGCGGGAGCCGGAGGAGGAGGAGGAGGAAGAAGAGGAGGAGAUUGAGGAGGAGCAUUUUGAGUGUGUGGCGUGUAAUAAGACGUUCAAGAGCGAGCGGCAGUGGGAGGCGCAUGAGAAGAGCAAGAAGCAUCAGAAGGCGAUCAAGGAGCUGCAGAGGAAGAUGCGGAAGGAGAACGCGCAUUUGAAUUUAGAUGUGCAUGCGGCGAGCAGUGGAGUCAUUACACCGGCUGAAGAUGGAGAUGAAGUCUCAAUAGGUGCAGAGGAGCCUUUGGACGGCUCUGUGGACGACGUGGUUGACGAUCUGGACGACUUGCAUAUAGACUCGCAGCCCACAAACCGCAAAGAGAUAGAUGGAGAUACCCAGGAAAACGACAUAGAUAGCGACGAAGAUAACGACGACCAUGACGACCAUGACGACAACGACCACGGCGACGACCAUACCCAUCAAACCCACACAAAACAAAAACCCACCCCCCUCUCCUCGUCCGCCUCCUCCACAUCCACAAGCUCCCUAAACGACGAAUAUGCCCCCCGCUCCACCAUCGAAGCCCGCCUCACCUCCCCUUCACCACCACCACCACCUACCGCCGACACCGCGCCAAAACUAGGCAAAGCCGCGCAGAAAAGGGCAAAACGCGCCGCCAAAGCAGCAGCCGUAGCCGCCGACCAGGCCCAACAAACCCAGGCAGAUUCCGACGCCGCCGCGCACAAGUGUAUAGGCUGCGGUGCCGGCUUCGCCAGCAAGACGCGGCUGUUUCAGCAUUUGAGGGAGAAUGCGGGACAUGCGGCGUUGAAGGGGGUGGGAUCUGGUGGUGGUGGAGGAGGGGGGGUUGGAGGGGGAGGGGGGAAGAAGAAGGGGAAGGGAGGGAGGAAGUAG